UUAUCUUAAGACCGCGCGCGCCUCUUUCCUCUCUCGCAGUGGGUAAUGGCCUCGGCGGAGCAGCCUCUCAAGAAGCGGCGAAACUACGGACCAGCCGCUCCAGAACCACCGCCCCCACUUCCCCAGUUGCCUCAGCCACCGCCACCGCAAAUCCCAGCGACGGACCAGACUUCCAUCGCUCCAUCGCCUUCCACUCCACCUCAGCUCUCCCAAGCCGAAAUUCUCCUCAGGAGAAGGAACAGAGAUGAAAUUAGAAGCGUCUAUGAAUGUUUUAAGCGAAUUAGGUUUUUCCUUUCUCAGAAAGAGAAGGGCGCUCCCACACCUGAUAUUGAGCAGGCUUAUCUUUCUCUCAUCACUGCUUCGAGAGGGUGCACCAGUGUAAAGCGUAUUGUGGCUGACUUUAUUCCUCGAUACGCUCCUCAUUGCCCGACUGCUCUUGAAGCUGCGACAAGAGUUAUCAUCAAUAUGCACAAUCAGAGCUUGGAAAUAAUAAAUAAUGGGGAGGAUGUUGAUAAUGUUGCGUUUGAGACAGCAAGGGCUUGUAUUAUUGGUUUAGUUGAUAUUUGUGCUGCUGUCAUGUCUAAGGCAUCUACGUCAUCUGUCAUCAGAGGCAUUUGCUUUGAAGUCUUUCAGAAUGCUUUCACCUUUUUUGUGUCAUCUUUUGAGGGAAAAGAUAUAUUUCAGAUUGUAGAUAAAGAAGCUCUUAGAAUUCAAGAUUCUGCAGAUGUUUUCACGGAGUUAAAGCAGAAGUAUACUGAUGAAAAUAUUUUGCCUGUGAUUAAACUAUCCAAGUUACGUGCUAUCAGUCUCCUCUGGAUAUUUUUUCAUUACCCUAAAAACUUAGCUGCAGCUUGCUUUGAGCUUUUCAACAUGGCCGCCGAGGGAAUUCACAAGGACGGGCAGUAUUUCUUAAAUCAGAUUGUGCUUGGGCUGGAUGUUGACAUCACCCAUCAUUUGGAUAAAAGAAGUGAGAACCAGACAAGCCCGAAAGACUGCAAAGAUGAUGUCAAGGAACAAGUUUCAGUCAGUAGCCACUUAUCCGUUGAUGCAUCAUCUGUUUCAAGAAACUGCAUGUUGAGCUUGGUUAUGGGGAAAGAUCAAUCAUUUCGAAACUGGAUGUUUACACAGUAUAAGAGGCUCCGUGACCUGCCGUCCUUUAGAGCUUUAGCAGAUGUAGCAUCUGCUCUGGAGGGAAUUUUUGAAUCAUUUUCUGAGUUAAUGAACAAUGAAGAUACUCAAAUAAAUAUAGACGAGGAAAUGUCUGAUUCCUUGAAGCAUUCUACUCGUAAUAGAGGUGAAAUUUCCAUGGAACUAUCUGAUAAAAGGAGAAAAUUGAGACAUUGUGACUCCCUUGAAGAUGGUUUCAACAAUAAAGUUAGUGGUCAGCAUUUUUCGUCAAUUCCUCUUGAUUGCAAGCACACCUCGUGUUCUGAUUUUGAUGCUGGCAGCUUGAGAUCCAUGGCCUUUGAUGUUCAGGAGCCUGGAGGUUUGCUACAUGGGAGUUUGCCCCCGUCGCAGGAUCCUUUGAGCAAGCACGAUCAUUUGUCUUAUGCAAAAACAUCAUUAGACCUGCAGCACAAUUCUUUUGAAUGUACAAAGCAUUCAAUUGAUGGGAAUCAAGUUUCAGGUGUUGACCGCAACUUUCCUGCUCAGAGAUUGUCUGCUGGAGAUAUCAAUAAUGAUCUCGUGCCUCCUAGGCAUCAACAAUCGGUGCCAUGUAGUUCUACAACUUGUCAGAAUUUGUGGUUUUCUGAUGGAGAUUCAUCAGCCAUGGAUAUCUUUUCUGCUUCCAAACAGCUAUGGGUGGGCCUUAUUGGCCCUGAGGUUUCUGAAGGUCACAUAAGGUAUCAAUUUGAGAGGUUUGGUUACAUUGGACAUUUCUUCUUCUUUCCAUUAAAAAGGUUUGCAGUGGUGGAGUAUGGUCACAUCAUUGAUGCCAUAAGGGCACGUGAAUAUAUGCGCGGACAAUUUCAAUGGUGUGUAAAAUUCAUGGAUAUUGGUUUAGGAACUAGGGGUUCCACCCACGGGGUUGCAAUUGGUUCCAGUUUGCAUGUUUAUGUCGGAAAUGUUUUGAGCUACUGGAUGAAGGACGAGAUUCUGCAUGAGACAAGGAAAGCACUUAACAAGGGUCCAUACAUGGUCUCUGAUCUUGGCAACGAGGGAGCAUUGCUGAUGGAAUUUGAGACUCCGGAAGAAGCUGCAGUUGUAAUGGCACAUCUCAGACAACAUCGAAGGGAAAAGAAUAUUCACUGGACACCACCAAAUGCAGGACAAAUGAAUAUUGCGCCUCCUUAUUUAGAUGGAGGAAGAUCUGCUUGUGCCCCUGGUGGUGGUAACAUGAGAAGCAACAAUCCUGGGAACAUGCCCAGUAGUAUGAUUGGGUCGCCUCAUGCACCAAUGGUACCAGAGAGUCCUAACUUCAGGUCAAGAAUGUCAGAAUUAUCUUCCUUGCUCUAUACACUGCGUGCAAAAUACAGCAUCAAUCAAAAUUCAAGUUAUUUUGAAAACUACAUUUCUGGAAGUUGCAAUACAUCAAUGAGGGAAGAAGACAGAACUCCUACUAGCACUCUCUGGGUUUCUUUUCCAAAUUGUAAUUCUCCUUUUGUCACUGAUGAAGAAUUGAUGAAGAUAUGUAAUCUUGCCAUCAGCAAUACUGGGUCUGUUGUGAGGAUGACUCGAGCAAGUGUACAGGUGGGCUGUGGUUGGUUUGUUGAGUGCAGUAGCGUAGAUGCUGCUAUCACCAUCUUGAAGAAUCUCCGUAGUUGUCCUGGAAUUUUCCUUCGAAUAGAAUUCAGUUCACCAGGAAGGUUCCAUGCAGCACCUUUUCUGAGGAACCAUGAAAGUUGUGCUAUGGAGCUUCCAUCUCCCAGAAUAUUACACGAGAAUCAUGCAAUACCUCAGCAAGGUGGAUAUUCCUAUCAGUCAAACUGGGCUCCUUCUGGUCAAACGGAGAUGCUUGACAUAGGGGUUGGAAAAACUGAUGCUUGUGAAAAAAACGUGCUGAUAGAUCAUCCGCAAGGUGGUCACAUAGUGUCUGGAACCAUUCCAUGCUUGCCCAUAUCAACAAUGGGACCUCCUGCUCCACCACCUCCACCUCAGAUUCAGCCACCUCCAUUUGUUCGAUCCCCAUACCCUCCUCCAAACAGUUCUUGGGAUCCAAGGGGUUUAAACCAUCCUUUGCCUUUAAAUCCAAUAUCACCAAAUGUCAUACCUAAUACUUAUCCAAGUAAUUCUGUUCCAUGCCCUCCCUUUUUACCUGCUUCCGUGACACCUCUUUCUCAGAUACAAGGAACUCCGAUGCAGCAUCUAGACCAUGUUUUCCCCCAUUCUGUUGCUCCACCUUCAAUAUCCUCUCUACCACCUUCCCAGCCAGAGAUGCCUCCUCCUAUACCUCCAUCCCCACCACCUUUGCCUCACUCACAACCACCUAAUAUUCCCCCUCCACCCAGUUCUCCUCCCCCUCCACCUCCACCCCUAGCUGCCACAGGAGCCAGUGAAGUAGAAAGUUGUAGCCAGCAUGUUCAGUAUCAAUGGAAAGGAGCACUUUGUAAAAGCGGGGUUCAAUAUUGUUCAAUUUAUGCACAAAGAGUGGAUUCCCAAGCUUGCAAAUACUUAAAUGCUGGUCCAGAACCUAUCGAGUGGCCUGCAAAAUUAGAUAUGACCAAACGCACAGAUUUUAAGCAUGUGAAGUCGACUUUCACCAGCACAUCACCAAGUAAAAGGGAGAUAUGUCAGCUGAUCCCAUCUUCUGUUGGAGACCAUAAAGGAUUUCAAGAUUUUGUAUCGUAUUUGAAGCAGAGGGAUUGUGCUGGAGUAAUAAAGAUACCGGCCACUAAAUCACUAUGGACAAGGCUUCUCUUUAUACUUCCAUAUUCACAGGACUCAUGUUCUCUGCUCUCAAUUCCUCCAGGUCCACCAGAUAGCCUGAUUGCCUUGGUUCUUCCCAAAGAAACAAACUUCGAAUGGGUUUGAUUAAGGUUGCACGCGAUCUUGUGCCAAAUGGGACAAUGUAGACUAUUAGACAACUCUCGUUGAUGUAAUCAUCUUUGUAAGCUAGACGAGAGUGUAAAUUUUGUAAGGAACAUACAAAUUUUGACUGUUAUUGCUAGGAUUGUCGCUUCCUGUGUAUUCUGUGUGCUCACUUUUCUUGAAACUAAGGUCUUCUAAGAGUGCUUGAAUGAAUUCAGAAA